AUCGACCGUCUCGGUCUCCUCUUCGCCCUCCACCGAAUCAAUCGCGGUAAGAGUCUAGACCUUCUCCUUGCUUCUUGCUUCUCCUCCAAGCUCGUCGCCACAGAGCCACGCCGUCGCGGAUCCGGCAUCCAUGAUUUGAGAGGAAGCCGGUCGCCGGAGCUAAAUGGGAUUCUUCAAGGGAGCCAGGGCCGCGCUCGACGCCUUCCGCAACUUCACUCGGACUUCGGCUCAAUCUCAGCGAGGCUCGUGGAUUCACCGAGCCGCCGGGCCGUCGGUUCUCCCUCCAGGCGCGUCGAGGCGUGCUCCCGACGUCGUUCCGUGCCCUCCGGCCUUUCGCCGGUUCGGGUGCUACGGUGUGGCCGGGACCGGCAGGAGCCAGUGCAAUCCGUUUUCGAUCGGAGCGAAGCGGUGCUACUAUGUGGAUCGACACCAGGUGCAGCAUUUCAAGCCGCGGGGGCCGAGGCGGUGGUUCCGGAACCCUAGGAACGUGCUGAUCGUGGUCCUGGUGGGUUCUGGGGUUUUCGUCACGGUGUUCUUCGGGAACCUGGAGGAUGUGCCGUACACGAAGCGGAGGCAUUUCGUGCUCUUGUCCAGAGACCUGGAGAGGAGGCUCGGGGAGACCCAGUUCGAGCAGAUUAAGGCCUCUUUCAAGGGGAAAAUAUUGCCGCCGAUCCACCCGGAGAGCGUCAGGAUCAGAUUGAUCGCCAAAGAUAUCAUUGAGGCGCUGCAGAGAGGUUUGAGGCAUGAACAGGUUUGGCGUGAUAUAAAUUAUGCCUCGCCUGACACUUUUGAGGGCAGUGAGACUGGUGCUCAUGAUACUCUGAUGGCUCUGAGCGAUAAAAAAUCAGAAAAGCUAGAGGAGACUUGGUCCCGUGAAGAGGAGCUUCUUGAUGAUAGGUGGGUUGACCAAAGCAGGAAGGAGGGUCGCGAGCGCGGAUCAAAGCCCACGACUUCACAUCUGGAGGGCCUUAAUUGGGAGGUCUUGGUGGUGAAUGAGCCUGUUGUGAAUGCAUUCUGCCUGCCAGGUGGGAAGAUUGUUGUGUUCACAGGACUAUUGGAACAUUUUAGGACAGAUGCAGAGAUAGCAACAAUAAUUGGACAUGAGGUGGCGCAUGCCGUGGCCAGGCACUCAGCUGAGACGAUUACAAAGAAUCUUUGGUUUACGAUCAUACAGCUGAUACUUUAUCAGUUCGUCAUGCCUGACCUUGUCAACACAAUGUCGUCUCUUUUCUUAAGGCUCCCAUUCUCAAGGAAGAUGGAGAUCGAAGCAGAUUAUAUUGGCUUGCUGCUAAUUGCUUCUGCCGGUUAUGAUCCUCGAGUGGCACCUCAAGUAUUUGAGAAGUUGGGCCAGGUGACUGGAGACUCGGCACUGAGAGACUAUCUUUCUACCCAUCCAUCCGGGAAAAAGAGAGCGCAAUUGCUGGCUCAGGCGCCGGUCAUGGAAGAAGCUCUCACUUUGUAUAGGGAGGCUAUAGCAGGGCGCGGAAUUGAAGGGUUCUUGUAGGGUAUUAUUGGCAUGUACAGGAAUAAUAUCCCAAGAGAGAGGGGGAGAGAGCAUGUACAAGAAUGUUUAUGGCUUUGGGAUAUUUUCAAUGUUUUCCCAUUUUCCUUCAACUGUAAGUACAAUUUUCUUGUGCCGUUUCAUUGUUCUUUUUACCUUUUUGCCGAAUA